AUGGCAUCCUCGGAAGCGGGCCCGUCUCGGCCGCCUGCAUCGAGCGAGGUGCACAUCUCGAUCGAGCCCGUGCACAUCUACACCGACGCGGACAUCGCCUCCUCCUCACUCGGCGUGCCCUCAAGUAUUGCAGCUGCAUUCGAGCGCGAGCGCAAGCUGCAGGACAUCGCUGCGGAUGGCACCAACGUCUUUGCGACGCGCGUGGCAGCGUCUACGCAGCUGAGCCAGGAUGUGCAUCGGCUGUGGGCGGAGCGCGGCGACUUUUCGCGCUUCCGCACCGCGGAUCUGCUGCGCAAGCGCGAACGCGACACCUCUCCGGAAGCACAAUCCGACGACGACGAGCACAGUCCUGCACGGGAAGACAAGGACGACGAUGAGCCGUUGCUGAGGCCCGCGGACGAGGUUGUGGGCGGCACGAUUGGAGAGGCCGAAUUCGUAGCGCUCCGCAACAAGGUACUGGCGAAUCUGGAUGUGGCGCACUUCAACUCGAUCCACGCCCACCAGCUGCUGGGCAUGCUGCUGAAGCAACACCGUGCACCCACCGGCGCGGCGAAUACGGCAGCGGUGGGGAGGAUGGGAUCGCCGGCUCCGAGUGUGGGCGGACAGUCUGCACGCUCGGGCACCAACGCGGCCGCACGUGCACCGCUGGGCAUCUUUGCGCACCUCGCGCCCAGCUCGCGCGAAGAGGAGUUUGUGCUCGAUCCACUUGCCAUCUCGCUAUCCCGCACCGCGCUUAAUGCGUCUGCUGCUGCCCGCCGCAGUGCGCGCGACGAUAUGGACGAGGAUUCCGACGACGACGAUCCGCGCAGUGCCGGGUACGGGCUCAAGCAGGCCAAGCGGGAGAUGGAGGCGGCGGCGGCGUUCAAGCAUGCGCGGCUGCGCGAUCUCAAGGUGGUGCUCGAGACGAAGCGCGCGGCGACGCGCAAUGCGGCGGAUUUGCUGAGCAGUGCGGCGGCCGAGCUGCGUGCGAGCCAGGCGCCGAAUCGCGAGCGGUGGCGCGCGUUGAUCGGCCUGCAUGCGCGCGGAUGGCGUCUGACACCGGGCCGUCCGCUUCUCGAUGUGGAACGCUUUGGCGCCACCACUGACGAGGAAGAGCCGACCGAGGACCCCGACAACGCCAACGCCGACACAGGCGAGAAAGCAAAGGAAGAGGAGAAGAGGAAGAAGCCGGCGGGAUUGCAGGGGUUCGGCACGCCCAUCAUCACAUCCGACGGCAAGGUCAAGGACGAAGGCGCACGCGAUGCGUGGAUAGGCUUCGGCCUGCCCGAGGCGCCCGUUGAACUGCGGCGUCGGAGUCUUGCGUACUGGGCGGAUGCCUCGUCCACUACAGCGGGAGCCGAGGAUGUGAAGCAGAAGCUCGUGUUUCCGGACCGCAUGCAUCGUCGACUGCGCGUGCGCUUUGUGCUGUGGCGCUCCACGUCCUGUGGGGAAGAGCGGAUGGAGUGGACGAGCGACGCUCCCACCUCUUCUGCCGAGUCGGACGCGCGUGUGGGGGUGGGGCAAGUGCUGGAUGAGGAGCUGCAGAGAGCCUCGCGCGAGGCGAGCGACGAGCUGGUGUUUGGCGAUGUCGUUGCACAAGCGCGUGCGCUGCCACCUGCAUUCGGGGUGCGUCUGACACCCUCGUCGGUACGGAUCGUACUCACGCCUCGACUGGAUAUGAUCCUUGAGCUCGUCUCGACCUCGAGCGAGGCUACGGGACAGUAUGCUGCGCAGGCAUUGGCGGUGGUGGCGUUGGUGCGCAUGGGGGUGAUUCGCAAGUUCCAUGCGUUUGUCCACGCCACCCGCCUGGCUCGACGUGCCGACGCGCCUUCUCGGGCGGCUGCGAUCAAAGCGCAUGCACUCGCUGUACCCAAAACCACCACCAAGUCCGGCGAUACAAAGGCGACGCUGGCGCGCAUGGACUCGCUCGGCCCGCUGCUGGUUGGGCUGCACUACGUGUCGUUCCUGCACCGUCUGCAGCGUGUGCUGAGCGAUGUGCAGGGCGAGCUGGAGAAGAAGGGAGUGGGGAUGCGUGUGCAGAUGGUCCCCAUUGUGGCGGAGGGUGGACUGCGUGCGAUGAUGACGCGAUGGAUAGAGGCCGCGCAUUCGCAACCGACGGAUCUUCAUACGCUCUACACGCCCAAACCACGCCCCGAAAGCUUGCACGGAUAUGCAAAGCUGUUUGCAACCAUCCAAGGCGCAGAGACACUCGCGGCAACGAUCACGUUUACGCAGCCGUCGGCAGUGACGGUGCAGUUCAACCCGCGCCCGCGCGCGCCGCGCACCAAGCUCACCACCAACCCCCUCCCCAUCGACCUCGAAACGCUACCCACACUUCUCCUACACCAUCUCACCUAG